CCAUUUUGGCUCAAACAAAGUCAAAAAUAUUUUAUCUUCGUCAAAAUUAUUUUAAGAAAAAAGCUUAACUGCAAUGUAAAUCGUGUUGAUAACUACACGUUCGGUUUCUAGAAGUAACGCUGAACUGCAUAUGUAACUUUUUCUGCUUGUUGUGAGUAAUUUUAACGACUAAAACCCCAAGUAAUUGGUUAUUUAAUAUCUACCUCUGGGCGCAACUCGCGACCAAAAAGCGCAGUUUUCGGUUGUCAUUGAAAGCAUUCGCGUUUGUGGUGGCAAUGGGAGGUUGCUCUGCUCCACAUUGCUCAAAUUCAACUAGUAUUGGCAAACAGCUGUUCAGGUUCCCCAAAGACCCAGUGCGUAAGAAGAAAUGGGUUGUCAAUUGUCGACGGGAUUUUGAACCUACCCCUCACUCUAGACUCUGCGAAGAUCACUUUGAGCACAGUCAAUUUGAGGAAGUAGCCAGAUCUCCAGCUGGUGGGAAGAAGCUGAAACCCAAUGCAAUUCCAACAGUUUUUAGUAUUGGAGAGCCCCCUUAUCCAAUUGUCACAACGUCAUUCAUUUCCAUUCCUCUAAAACCAGAACCAGUUGAGAAAGACUUGAAUGUGGGGGACCAUGGCUAUGCAAGGCGCAACCCGCUGCCAGGAAUGGAGGAGGAGGAUGGAGACUGCCCCAGAGAUGAGCAGCAGCCAUGCAACCAAUGUCAGCUCCUCAAGAAGCAGCUGGAGCAGGAGAUGCAAAACUCAGCAAGGCUACAAAAAGAGGUUGAGGAAAUGAAGAAGCGUUUCUAUCGGCUUGACCGUAUUGAAAAAGGCCUCCAGAACUUCUUAUAUGAGGAUCAGGUCCGUGCUUUGUCCCUCACCAAACGCUCCCGACGCGCUGUCUGGUCUCCCGAGACAAUCAUUAAAGCUCGGAAAAUUCGUACUGCUGUUGGUACCAAGGGCUACGAGUACCUACGUGAACUGGGGUACCCUUUACCCUCCUACAGGACGCUGUGUAACCGACUGGAGACUAAAAUUAUGGUGACCACGGACAUGAGCUGUGAGGAGCUGGCUGAGCUGGGCCUUGGCCUCAUGGCGACCUGUGACAGCCCCACCCAAGGAGUUGGAGACAAUGAUGAAGAACUCAUUGGUGUUUUGUCCUGAUUUGUUGAAAUGCACGCUGACUUCAAAAUAUCUGCACAAACCAAAGAACAUAUAUUUUAAGUCACUUAACCUGAUCUGCAAAAUAAGAUGGGGCUGCAGAUGUGUGACAGUUUGAAAAAUAUAUGCAAAUUAGGGAUGGGACAAGAUCUCAGAGAUAAAACUGGCACAAAAAUGUGUACCUGUGGAAAACAAACUUGUGAGAUAUUCCCUUUCAUGUGUUUUUUUUGGACAAAAAAAGGUUUAACAUUGAAAAAUAUGAAAUAAAAUAAAACAAUUUGAGGCCAAAUUUCUGAACUAAACUAAGUUGUUUAUUAUAAAUAUCUUAACUUUUUAUAAAUAAAUUGUCAACAUCUCGCCAUUCCUGUGGACCCAAUCUUGUGUUGUGUUUGGUCUCAUGGAAAUUGUGACCCGUCCCAUCCCUAAAAAGAUGUCUUCAGAAUUGUAUAUAUACUAAAGUUUUAUUCAGGGGUAUGUAUUUCUGCAGCUUGUGUGUUUGGUUAAUGGAGGAUGGUAAAUGAAGAGGUUUCUAGAUCAAUAUUUUUGUUUGAAUACACAUUGAACUAUUCAAGUUGUGACAACUGACAAGCCUGUGUACAGACAGUAAAAACAGAGAUAAACCUUAAACCUUAUUAAACCAUAAGCACUUUGAAUCUAAACCACAGAUUUAACCAUAUACCGGUAAUUCUUUUCAUCAACCCACCUCAAUUUUAAGCAUGUUAUGUUAUGAUAUCUCCUUAAAGUAUUAGGUUCAGUAUCCAAAUUCUUGCAUUUAGUAAUGAAUGAUGUAACUCUGAUGAUGCCAUGAGUGUGGUGACAGGAAUCUCUAAUUGGCACAUGACUGUAAUGGCACUACUGAUAUUUUAACUAUAAAAAGCUACAGAAAUGUUGGAAGUCUUUCUAUAUUAAGAUGAAAUUCAGUAGUACCCUUUAACAAUGUGUAUUGGAUUAUCACUUUGCAUAUUGUGCAACCUUGCUAAAUUUACUCUAAUAAAAUGUUUGUGUUGUCCAGUAAAUUGAAUGUCGAAACAGAC